UGUAAAUUGAUUUCGCUAUAUUAACAAGAGAGCUUAAAAUCCUUGAACAUCCGCAUAAAUAAGGAAAGAUAUGGAUUACACAGAAGGCCCUGAUGAAAUGGAGUACGAAUCAGAGGAUUCCUCUGAUACUGAAGAAGAUUUGGAAUGUUGUGACGAGGAAAAGUAUUCGCCGUUGAAGGCAAAAGAGAACAAGGGCAUGAAGUGCUAUAGGGUUUUGAGCUUUCAAGACAUCUGUGAACAACGGGAGAAAGCCAUGGAGUCUGUUUCAUCCCUUUGCUGCAUAUCUCAAGCCGAGUCAAGGGUUCUCCUGCAACAUUUCAAGUGGAGUGUCGCAAAAUUGCAGGAUGAAUGGUUUCUGAACGAGCAGAAAGUGCGAGCAGAUUCAGGAUUGUUUCACAAGGCUUCAGUAAAACAGCUUAGGGCUGAUGAGCAGUUAUACUGUUCGAUCUGCAUGGAUGCCCACUUCAUUGCUGACAUGAAAGCCCUUGCUUGUGCCCAUUAUUUCUGUAACAGCUGUUGGGUGAACUACAUUCAGAUCUCAAUUAGGGAAAAUGGAAUUGGGUGUAUCAGUUUGAGAUGUCCUCAGCCAAGAUGUGGGGCUGCUGUGGGCGAAGAUACUGUGCUCUGUUUGAUUACAGAGGAACAGGACAGAACAAAAUAUGGGCAAUUUCUUGUUAGAUCUUAUGUUGAGGAAAACAAAAGAAUCAAAUGGUGUCCUGCUCCUGAGUGUGAGUAUGCUGUGGAAGUGGAGAGUGGAGAGUGUGAGUAUGAUGUGACCUGCAAAUGCUCUUAUAAUUUUUGCUGGGGCUGCUCAGAGGAGAUGCAUCGUCCUGUUGACUGUGAUACUAUUAGAAAAUGGGUCUCCAAGGACAAGGGCAGUGCAGAAACAGAAAAAUGGAAACUUGUUAAUACAAAGCCCUGCCCAAAAUGUGGCCGUGCAAUUGAAAAGAAUCAGGGUUGCAUGCAUAUGAGAUGUGUGGCUCCAUGCUACUUUGAAUUUUGUUGGUUAUGCCUUGGGGAUUGGAAAGUCCACUAUAAUGCUGCUUGCAACAGAUUUCAAGUUGAUGAAGAGGGGAUAUGGUCAGUUGAGAGAGAGGCCAUUAAACAAUCCUUGGAGAGAUACAGUCAUUAUUAUGAACGAUGGGCAGCCCAUGAAAAAUCUAGGCAAAAAGCACUGUCAGAUCUGAAGCGUAUUCAAAAUCUUCAGAUCAAACAGUUGGGUGACAUGCAACGCUCAACUGGGUUGCAUCUUACAUUUGUGACAGAUGCAUGGCUUCAGAUUGUUGAAUGCAGGCGUGUGCUCAAGUGGACAUAUGCUUAUGGCUAUUAUCUUUCUCAAGAUGAAACUGGCCACAAGAAUUUAUUUGAGCACUCCCAAGCUUAUGCUGAGUCUUCUUUGGAACGACUUCAUCAGUGUGCUGAGGAAGAGUUGCAGCCUUUUAUUGCAAGCGAAAAGCCUCCAAAAGAAUUUGAGGAAUUUCGUAGCAGGCUUAUUAACCUCACAAAAGUCACUGCCCAGUAUUUUCAGAACCUUGUCAAAGCUCUGGAAAAAACUGAGUGAAAGAAGACUUGAAAACUAAUUAAAUGGGGGUAAGAUUAUGUACGCCUAGGGGUUCUAUUGGAAAGAAAAAAUAUGAUGUUCUUCAUUGUGCAGAAACCUUUAAAAAUAAAGUUUGUAUAUGAUUUCAAUAUAAUUUUGAAGUGCAGUUUGUAAGACUAAUUAUUGUACAAAUUAUAUUCAUAAGUUUCUGUUAAA